CAGGACGCGAGUUUGCGGCUGCCGCUACGGCUGCCGUUACUGCUUCUGCUGCUUGGGUUUGCUUUCCAGUCAAUCCUGCUGCUGAGGCCUGGAGCGCCGCCAUCGGGGGACUAGGGACUCCCUGUAAACCCACCCCUAUUUCCUUGGGGGGAGGGAUAGAGAGCGUCGAGGUGAAUCGCGCGGGGAACCCUCUGCUGACAGGGGGACAGUGAGGGAGGAGAAUGAGAGCCUGAGCCAUCCAUCACUGCCGGCAGCAGGAUCAACAGGACAGGUUUGGGGGUCUCAGGAAAGAAAGUGGGGUGCAAGUAAUUGCUUAAGGAACGUGAAAGGGGAUCUUGGGGAGUGCAGUACCGCUAGAAAGGAAGUACAAAAGACAAGUUAAUCUGGGGAGUACCAAGGAGAAAGUGGGGUACAACACUUUCAAAUAGCUAGCUGGAGGUCAAAUAGCUCCAUAUUUUGGAAGACUGCAUCAAGACUCCCCAAUAAUAUUUUGUGAGAUAUCCAGAGUGAAGUUAAAGACUCACUAUUUUGGGGUGACAGGAUGUAAGAAGGGACCUUCCAUACCCACUGCACCUUGAUAACCCCUAACGUGCUGGAGCUGGAAGGGCACGUUUUAAAGCGCCAGGGAAGUAGAGGUAAGGAUAAGUUUAGAGGAUACAGAAACUAGAGUCUUUCGGGGUUUGAGGUGGUAAAGAAUGUUGACUUAAUGAAAAAGGGGAUGAUUUGGAAAGAAGCUCAGGACCCUAGCAAAUGGAACCUCCCAGAAGUUCUGAGCUAUAGGUUUUGAGAGUGAUGAGAAGAGGUAGAAGAUACAUUCCAAAUUGGGGAGGCAAAGAGGACCCCCAAUUCCCUUUAACCUCACAGCUGCUGCACCAAGUAUUGCUGCGAUAGAUGAUUUGGGGAUGUUGUAGUCCUCACCCUUUCUAGAUUUCUUUAUCUGAUAAGGUGGAAUUGUGAGAUUCAUUUCUGUCAUCUCCUAUAGUGAAUUAAGGUCUACAAAGUCUGGGCAGCAGAGAUUAUAUGGAGAGGUGCAGAAAAACAAGAACCUUGGAGUUACAUCGAUUCAAGGCCAGGACUGUGAAGGAAAGGAGAGAAAAGCUGGGGCUAUGAGGAAGGGGAACCAAGGGAAUUAACUCCAAGAGCUGGACAAUUACAAAGCUUCAACCAAGAAGAGUUUAAGGAUUCCCUUCAAGUUUAGGGAUUACAGGGGGAAAGGGCAAUUGAAAGGAUCCCUUUUGAGGUAUUUAGGAGGGCUUAUUGGGGUACUACUACUUGACGGCAAAGAACCCAGGAACGCACAAGGGAGUAUCUGGGAUAAAUUUGGAGGUACACUGUUUUCAAUUGUGGGGGAGAACAUUCUGGGAGCCAGCUUGAGGAUUGUGUCCUAUUGAAGAACCUUCAUAUAGUUUGGGUUGUAUAUCUCCUUUGUGAGAGUGGCAGAGUUAAGGGACAUCAUAGGGAGAUUCGACUGUCCCCUAAAGGGAGGGAAGGUGGUUGGAGAUGGCGGCGCUGGCCAGCAGUCUGAUCCGGCAGAAAAGAGAGGUACGAGACCCUGGGACAAGCCGACCGGUGUCAGCCCAACGGCGAGUGUGUCCGAGGGGUACUAAGUCCUUGUGUCAGAAACAGAUAUUGAUUCUGCUCUCCAAGGUCCGUCUCUGUGGGGGGCGACGGGCGCCGCCGGACAGGGCACCGGAACCCCAGCUCAAAGGCAUCAUCACAAAGCUUUUCUGCCGUCAAGGUUUCUAUCUGCAGGCUAAUCCAGAUGGGAGCAUCAAUGGGACACAAGAGGAUACCAGCUCUUUCACUCAGUUUAACCUGAUCCCAGUGGGUCUCCGAGUCGUCACUAUCCAGAGCACCAAGUUGGGGCACUAUGUAGCCAUGAAUGCUGAGGGGCUACUCUACAGUUCGCCACACUUUACAGCAGAGUGUCGCUUUAAGGAGUGCGUCUUUGAGAACUAUUAUGUCCUCUAUGCCUCUGCCCUCUACCGCCAGCGUCGUUCAGGCCGAGCCUGGUAUUUGGGUUUGGACAAGGAGGGCCAUGUCAUGAAGGGAAAUAGAGUCAAGAAGACCAAAGCGGCUGCCCACUUUGUGCCUAAGCUCCUCGAAGUGGCCAUGUACCGGGAGCCUUCCCUGCACAAUGUACCUGAGACAUCUCCUGCAAAUGACAAGCCUCCUCCAGCCUCUUUGCCUCCUGAAACAUAACCCUGAUGUCUGGGACCAUCACAGACAUUGUCUUGGUCUUCACUGAACUCCAUUGUAAACUACCACUGUCCUAACUUCUGGCCUGCAGGGACCUAGUUCUAGAAUCUGUUCUACUGACUAUUGUGGGUUCUAGCUUAUAGCUGAAAUCAUCCCUUUUCCUUAGAUGGAGCUAGAGUCUGAAUAGCCACAUGCUUGCACUAGGAGACAUUUUAGACAAUGGAUCACACUUCUUCCAUAAAUGCUACUUGUGGUCCAGAAAGAUUACAUUAUAUAUGGACCAAAACCCAUGUCCUUUAUUGUCUGUAGAAAAUUUUCUAAAAAUCUUAUUCUUCCAUAUAGGGAAAAAGCCCAAAUCCAUCCUCUUUUUAAAAGCACUUUCUAAAGCUUAGGAUUCAAUCUCUCCCUAAACAUAGCUAGUUGCAGGGCAGUAGGAUUGGGGAGUCUAAAGUUAAAGAAAUAGCCAAAUUCCUGUUUAAUGAACUUUCAGGGUGAAGGCACAGAGACCCAGAUAUGGUGGGUGAGAGGGAGGAAAACAUCUGGGGGUGAAGACUAUGGGAACAAAUUCUGAAUUAUAUGGAAAAAUGAAUACUUAGCUACCUCACUAGGGACUUCUUAGGGGUCCUCCAUAAAUAUAAUGAAAUUGUCACCAACUGUGAUGGAAAGAGGAUAAUGAACCAACUGGUACAAGCUGUGCAUGAGAGAACAAAUGAGUUACCAUCUAAAUCAGCCAUAACAUUCUUAUCUGGUCAAGCAAUGUUAGGGAACUUUGGUUCUAGGUCUCACUUCCCCCAGAUUUUAAAUCAAAAUAGAAUAACCCUGGGUUUUCUAAGAAUUUUGCUAGGGAAUCAAAAUCUCUGGAAGGUCUUAACCAACCUAGAAAGGCUUCAGGUAUGCCCCAGACACAGCCUGUUGUCCAAAUUGUCAAGUUGUAUUCAAGAUGAUGAAGUUUGCAGGUAAGGCCAGUUUCAAAAGCUAUUUGCUAAACUGCAAGAAGGUUUGUAAUCUAUAUUUAUAGAGAAGUGCUCAAACUGAUGAGAUCACAAAUCCUUGAAAUAAUGGGAAAAAUACUGAAAUAUUGAAUGUGGUUGUAAAUCACACUUCAACUAGGUUGAACCAAAGAAAGGGACACAUGGCAGAUGGAAUAAAUAAGACUAAAAUAAGACUAAAAUGAGACUAGAACGAAUCAGUUGAGGAGUACAAGGCAAUAAGGGAGUUGUACUCCAACACCCUAGAAACAUCAGGAAGAAACUAAGGCAAUGAUGGCAACAAGCAGGAACCACUAGAAGAAAGAAUAUUGAACUGGUGUCAGAAUGAAGGAUUAUCUCUUAGAAUCUAUUUCAACCUACCCAGAUUGUUACAUGAUUGAUGAAACUGCAAUCCCAUCCAAUGCCCUACUAUCACAGACACCAACUGCCCAUGAAUCCUCUUGCUCCAAGAACAAGGGUCUUUCUCUUGCUCAUUUCCUCUAUUAAAGGCAAUUUGUACAUUC